AUGCCCCCUACCUUGGCCUUGAAACCCAUAUCCUCCGACCGGUUCAGGCUGCUGACCGCAAACCUCAAUGAAAAGACCGGUCGGUUGUCUUUCAAGACCGAGGUGCACAGUCUCGCGGGCAAUCUCGUUCCCCCUUACGUGCCCAUCUCGUACACGUGGUUCGGACCACCGACCCCUGACGACACGACGGUCGAUUCUGCCGAUGGAGUGAUCCCACAAUCUUUCCCGGACCAGGUCAUCGUCGACGAUACUUCGGUGGACGUGACGAGAAACUUGGCGAACGCCUUGAGACGUGUCGUCCAGCGUGAAUGGCCGUUGCGAGCCAAACAGCUGGGCCUCAAGCGAAGGCUGAGACUGUGGUGCGACUAUCUGUGCAUCGACCAAACCAACUCGACGGAAAAGGGCGAGCAGGUCCAAAACAUGACCAAAAUAUUCGGGAGCGCUUCAAAAGUCGUGGCCUGGCUCGGCACACCCCCCGACGACGAAGAGGCCAGUUGUGCAAUGCAGCUUCUCUCACGCCUGACCGCAACCUACAAGGAGAACGUUGCGAGUGGCAAGGGUUGGGCAGCCGACAUCUACAAGAAACACCAUGAUAUCUGGCCCAGCCACAGCGAUUGGUCACUUAAGGCGUGGCGAGGACUCGAAGCACUCUUCAAGGCUCGCUACUGGAGCCGCGGGUGGAUGCUCCAAGAAAUCACGGCAGAGAACGGGACAACAUUCUUAUGGGGUGACCACCAUUUUGGAACCGAUGAGUUCAGCAUGGUCGUGACAAUGAUAACUGAACUUCAGAAUUUUCCUCAGUUCACGGACAUCAUACAGAUUGACAGGUUCUGUGUGGGCAACAUAUACCUCCUGAUGACGAGAAGAAAGGGCCCUGAUCAAGAAGAGUCUUUCGAAUUGCUCCGUUUGCUUUCACUGCUACGUUCUGCCGAAUGCACGGAUGCUCGGGACAAAGUAUAUGCGAUAUCUGGAUUGGCGAAGGAUGUCGAGAUCAUCCCCCGGUACGACAGGUACAACGAGAGCGGAGUUGACCUUUUCUUGAAUACCGCAGUUAGCAUCAUCGACGUCAUGCACGUCCAGGAGGCGCUGAGCUACGUCUUCGUUCCUUACACGGAACAGCAGCGCCGCAUCUGUCAGCCUCCGAUCCCCUCCUCCUGGGUACCGGACUGGCGGCUUCGCACUCACUGUCAGAAAUUUACCGGCGGUGAUUUCUACACGGCUGGUGGACCCCGCUGGUCUUGCAAAGCAAGCGUCGCAGGUGACGAACUGCAGAUAUUAGGCUUUCGUCUUGACACAGUCGCUUCGUUGUCCGUCACCUACGAGACGGAGGACCCGACCUACAGCGUCAUCCAACAAUGGCGUGAGAUCCUCCCUCGAAACGGUGUCUACAAAUUGACAGGGGAGGAAAUGGAGAGCGUCUUCGUGACAACAGUUGUGGCAGACUGCAUCCUGACGAACAGCGUCAGCUCCCGCGGUGCUCGUGCUGAUUUUGAGUUUUUGGAGAGAGCCAGAGAAACGAUGGACCCAGACAUGACGAGCCAACGAGCUAGGAUGCAGGCGGCCCUCGGAAUAUGUCUGGGUCGUCGCCUCUGUGUUACACGAGCAGGCAUGGUGGCCCUCGUUCCCGCUGCCACGGAAAUAGGUGACUCUGUUUGUGUUCUGCAAGGCUGUGGACGAUGCCACGUACUGAGACUGGAGCCCGACGGCGUGAAGGGGUCUUAUGUCGGAGAGACUUAUUGCCACGGCAUGAUGGACGGCAAGGGGACAGCGCAGGCGUAUGCGGAAAGCCGGAAGCCUGUAAGUUUUCGCCUUAGCUGA